GUGGACGUUAGCAAAAAGGCCGUUAGAGUUGUUGUGUUCUCUGUGGAUUUUAUUGGUUAAUAUUUGGCCUCCUGUUGAAUUGUUUUACGUCUGAAACGUAAUGGCUUUAUGAAAUAGGCUUUAAAAUAUUUCAUCAGCUUCGUGAAAUUUACUCAGAUGUGCAUGUUUUAAUAACAUGCGGGUGGAAACAAAGUUAACAGGUCGAGGGUAGGAAAACACUAGACAGGGUGAGGUGAUAGCUUCUUAGCAGCCAGCUAGCCUGCUAGCUGCGACUCGGUUAACCAUGUCGGACACUCGGCGGCGAGUGAAAGUAUAUACGCUAAAUGAAGACCGUUAGUGGGACAAUAGGGGUACCGGACAUGUUUCGUCUACAUUUGUUGAAAGACUUAAGGGAAUAUCGCUAUUAGUUCGGGCCGAAUCGGAUGGAUCCCUAUUAUUGGAGUCGAAGAUAAGCCCAAAUACUGCUUAUCAGAAACAGCAAGACACACUGAUUGUUUGGUCUGAAGCAGAUAAUUAUGACCUGGCUCUUAGCUUCCAGGAGAAGGCUGGUUGUGAUGAAAUCUGGGAGAAAAUUUGUCAGAUGCAAGGGAAGGACCCUGCUGUUGAUAUAACACAGGACCCAAUUGAUGAAUCUGAGGAGGAACGCUUUGAAGAAAUCCCUGAGACAAGCCACCUGGUGGAGCUUCCUCCUUGUGAGCUGAGCCGACUGGAGGAGAUUGCUGACUUGGUCACUUCUGUUCUGUCAUCACCCACCCGGAGGGAAAAACUUGCCCUUGCCUUGAUGAGUGAGGGUUACAUCAAGAAGCUUCUGGGUCUUUUCAGAGUAUGUGAGGACCUGGAUAACAGAGAAGGUCUGCAUCAUCUCUAUGAGAUUGUCCGAGGUGUUUUGUUCCUCAAUAAGGCAGCUCUGUUUGAGGUGAUGUUCUCUGAUGACUGUGUCAUGGAUGUGGUGGGCUUCCUUGAGUAUGACCCAGCACUUGUUCAGCCUAAACGCCACAGGGAGUUCUUGACCAAAACGGCAAAGUUUAAGGAGGUGAUCCCUAUCACGGACUCCUGCGAGCUGCGGCAGAAGAUACACCAGACCUACCGGGUACAGUACAUCCAGGACAUCAUCCUACCCACACUGUCUGUCUUUGAAGAGAACUUUCUCUCCACGCUGACUUCCUUCAUCUUUUUUAACAAGGUGGAGAUUGUCAGUAUGUUGCAGGAGGAUGAAAAGUUCCUAACUGAAGUCUUUGCACUUCUCACAGAUGAAGCUACAGAGGAUAGUAAAAGAAGAGAGCUUGUGAAUUUUGUGAAGGAGUUCUGUGCUUUCUCACAAACAUUGCAGCCACAAAACCGAGAUGCUUUCUUUAAAACUCUUGCAAACCUUGGCAUCUUACCUGCUCUGGAAAUAGUCAUGGGAAUGGAUGAUCUGCAGGUGAGAGCAGCAGCAACAGACAUCUUCUCUUACCUUGUGGAACUCAGUCCCUCCAUGGUGAGGGAGUUUGUCAAGCAAGAGCCACAGCAGACAGAUGAUGAUGUUCUGCUCAUAAAUGUGGUGAUCAAGCAGAUGAUUUGUGACUCUGACCCAGAAUUGGGAGGUGCUGUCCAGUUGAUGGGUCUGCUCAGGACACUCAUUGACCCUGAAAACAUGCUGGCUUCCACCAAUAAAACUGAGAAGACUGAAUUCCUAAGUUUCUUCAAGUACUGCAUGCAUGUUCUUACUGCUCCACUGCUGGCCAACACAGCACAGGACAAAACCUCAAAAGAUCUGCAGGAAGGAUCAGCAAAGAUCAACCCAGUCUGUCCAGAUAACUGUCCAGAUACUCAACCGUAUGUUGAACACUGA